AUCUGAACACAAUAUUUACACUAAUAUUCGCUCAUUAAUGAAGGUGACAGUCAUAUCGAUACCCCGUGCAAGUGUUGACGGAUGGAGGAGUUUCUAAACAACUUUAAAAGCUACAGCAGAGCGGAUCAGCGCUGGCUCUCUGCAGUGUUUGAGGCGGUGCAGCAGCAGUUUUCCCCACUCCUGGACUCUGAUGGUUUCUCCGUGGCUCGUCUGGCUCAGUCUGUGGUGGAGAAGGUUCAGAGAGCCGUCGGGUCAGACUGCGCUGAUUUACCUGUGAGCUACAGGAUUGUGUCUGUGUCAGAGCUGAUUCGAGAUCAGCGAACUGCUUGCUGCAGCAGCCUUUGCUGGAGCUCCGCCCAUUACCGGGACCAGGCCAAGAAGGCGGAGCAAACACUGCCCAAUUAUAAAGCACUUCCACGGGACAACCUGCUUCUGAUUGGCUUUCUGUGUGACGGACGGGCCGAUGGGAAGAGUGAGGGAGAGUGGCGAGUGAGAGACGCUGGAGGGAGCGUCCCGUGUAUGAUGCUGAAGUCCUCCUGUCUCUGGCUGGGGAGGCUGAUGCUGUUUCCCACAUGGAACUACAUCCCCCAGAAUGCACCUGGAGCAGCAGGUUACCUGGAGCUGGUGGACCCUCCAGUAUGUGUAACCCUGGAGGCCAUGACCUUUGACCCUGGCGGAGCUCUGACUGAGGUCAUGAGUGUGAGACACGCAGCUGAGCUGCUUGCACACAGCUGUGAGGAUCAGGUGUGUGUGUGUGUGGGUGGGCAGGUGUGUGUUGUCGGUCCUCUGCUGUUGAUUCGUGGGAAACGCUUCUUCUGCCUCGUCCUGAGUGACGGAGGGUCGUCAGUGGCGCUCAUCAUCAGGGAGCUGAAGCAUCAAUACUGGAGGCAGUGUGUGUGUGUCGGCCAGAGUGUGUGGAUCUCGUCUCUGCGUGUGUGUUCGCUGGGGGCGCUGGAGGGACGUCGCGUGUUGACUGACAGCUGUCAAUCACGCCUGCAUCCACACACACCACUGCAGGAAAGCUCAGAGGAGCAGGACACUGAAGACGACACGCACACUCCUGCAGACACCACACACACACUUGCAGAUGCCACACGCACACCUGCAGACGACACACGCUUGGCGUCAGAUCCGGCAGUCAGAGUGAAACCAUCCACCAUCAUCAGCUUUAAGGGUACCGUCACAAAGAUCUUGAACGCAGAGGCGGGGCUUUAUGAGCUUGACGGACAGGUGGGGCUUUGUCUGGCCUAUCAGCCUACUCAGAAAUGGGGCGGUGGCUUGAGACCGGGGGCGGAGAUUCAGCUUCACAACGUCCACUUCACGUAUCAGGCAUCGGCGUUUGCUCCGCGGGCGGUUCUGUGGGCGUGUUUGCGCUCCAGUGUUCAGAUCACAGCCUUCAGCCGCCUGUGUUCGGAGCUGCAGGUUACGGAGCCUCACGGGGCCCUGCAGCGCCUCCUGCUGGAGAGGAAUCUGGGGCCGUCGCAGUAUCUGUGGCUCUGCUACUGUCAGAAGGCCAUCGCAGAGAGGUUGAGUCCGCGGUGGGUGCGACCUGACCGUGUGUGUGUAGUUGCUGGACGGCUGUUGGACGUUGUGUGUGACGCUGAACAGAAGACGAAGAAGAAGAGAAACAUUUACACAGAGAUGAUUCAGGAGCCACACCACUGCCCUAUUAGCAUGUAUUGUGUGCGGUGGCCGAGUGCUGCUCUGUGGUCGGUGCAGCAGCUGUGUGUGUGGAUGCAGCGUGAGGUGUGGUCGUCUCUGUCUCUGCCGGCUCUCCUGUCUGCGUCUGCGCCCCACAUGACGGCGCUGGAGCUGAAUUCUGCGCUGCGCUGGUCCAGUGUGGAGCUCCGGCUGGAGGAGGCGUCCCCUGACCCGCUGCUGCUGCUGGGGGUGCUUGAGCUGCAGGCGGAGAGCGCAACACUGCAGCUGCGCGACCACACACACAAACUCCACUGCCUGUGUGUGUGCAGAGACCACAGCCCCAACAUCAGCACGGCCUGGCAGGGCUGUCUUGUGUGUGUGCGCCGCUGUACUUUAGUCAUGGAGAGGUUCAUGAAGACAAACUUCCCUUCCUGGAAACACCUGGAUCAGCCGAGUUACAUCACACUCAAACACUGCAGGGUAUAUCUCCAGCUGUGUAUGGAUGAUCUGAUCAUCAUCAGUCCGUCUUCCUCCAUGAGUCAUCAAAUGGCGGAGAGCAAACUCACACACGGACACACACACAGAAGCUGCGGCGAAUCCUCCAAGAGGCUCAGAUCGGCUGACGCUGGAGUGUGUGAGCGUGCCGACAGCUCUGCGGUGUGUGUGAGUCUGCUCUUCAGAUUGGAGAAUAAGCAUGGCGUGACGCUGCAGAACGUGUCCGCAGACACACACACACGGCAGCUGGGCUUCAAGUGCAGAGCGGUGUGUGUGGGGGGCGUCCAGCGCUGGAGCCAUGACCCCAAAAACUGCAGGAUUCAGGAGCGAGAGCGAGACGGCGGCGGCCAGACGGUUGAGCUUCACUUCAGGGGGUCAUGUGUUCGCUGGUUCCCCGUUCUUCAUCCGGGAUGUGUGUAUCGAUUAAUCGCACUCAACACUGAGGAUGUGGGCGUGUUAGAAGCUAAGGGAGUGUCAGCGAGGGGCGGAGUCACACAGCUCAGUAGCCCCUCCCUCCUGCUGCAGCCGCAGUGGCGCGUUCACACACUCACAGAGGAGCCUGCGGACGCUCAGGCUGCUGCUCCUGCGCUCAUGUCUGUGUCUGAAGUUCUGCACAGCAGCUCCGCCCCUGAGGUCGUCUCCUUUCAUGGAAUCAUUUCUCAGCGAAUCACACUGCAGGAGGACAACGAAGCACAACCCAAGAUUAAAUCAGUGUCACCUACUGCAGACACGCAGGAGGAUCUGAGGGUGCGUCUGACGGUGCAGGACGCUGAGUGUCCCGGGCUGAUGGUUCACGUGUAUCUGGAUCUGUCCUGUGGUUUAUACACACUGGGUCUGAUCACCGGAGCUGCACUGCAGGUUCACCAUGUCCAGCGCAAAGUCUCCAGAGCGUGUAACGUGUACUGCCGCUCUCUGCCCAUCAGUUAUGUGAGCGUCACUGGUCUGAGGUCAGUGUGUUCAGGGCCCGCAGCAGCAGCUCCUCCUCCUCCCAUGAUGCUCCUGGGCUCCUGGGCGUCGGUCGGGUCGCAGCAGUGCCUUGUGGCUCAGGUCAAAGGUCAUGUGGUGUGUGUGUUGUCUCUGCGUCUGCAGUGGAUCUGCUCUCUCUGCGGCAGCAUCUUCACACAGACGACCUGUGGCCGAACUCACCCGCCAUGUGACUCCACCAGCGCAGUGUUUCAGGCCGAGGCCAAGGUGGUGCUGGAGGACGGCACAGGUGAAGCUCACGUCUGGUUCUCGUCUGAAAGUGUGUGUGGUCUGCUGAUGUUGAACGCGGUUCAGUGGGAGGGGCUUCAGAGACUCGUCAGGGUCAAAGGUCACGUGAAGGUGUACACACGGGGACGCACCAGUGAGACCUACUCUACACCAGAGUGUGUGAGCUGUGUGUGCGCCAGCGGAAAAUCUCAGCUGAGGAAAGUUCAUCGAGGACAAACAGAAUUCAUCUGCAAAUUCCCACCUGCACUACAGUUACAAUGUCAACACAUACACACACGCUGAACACACACACACACACACAUAAGCUAAAACACUCACUGACACACACUCCCCAUGCAGACGGACUGAAGCGCUGCUCUCUGUCUGAUGUUGUUCACUGGAUUAUGUUUGAAACUACAGAUUUUUGUGCCUUAAUACUUUAUACUGCAGCUGUUGCUCACAAACAGAAAUAAACUCCAUUAUACUUUGUUAA